AUGCUCUCAUGUUUUCUGACUUAUAUUUUUUGUUUAACAUUAUCCUAUACAUCAAUGGCCCAGGACUGUUCCGAUCCCUGUGACUGCCCGUCGGACCCCCCUCCAUGCCCGUUUGGUACCAGUCUGGUUCUGGAUGGCUGUGGUUGCUGUAAGGUGUGUGCCAGGCAAGCCGGCGAGCCCUGUACCCUCCUGGAGCCGUGUGACCACCACAAAGAGCUUUACUGUGAUUAUGCAAUGCUGAGUGACACUGAGCACGGCAUCUGCAUUGCCCAGGAAGGCCAGACGUGUGACCUGGGAGGGGUCAUCUACCGCAGUGGAGAGACCUUCCAGCCCAGCUGCAAGCACCAGUGUGUUUGUAUGAACGGAGAGAUUGGCUGCGUGCCAACCUGUGCCAACAACGUGCUGCUGGCCUCUCCAGAUUGCCCGUACCCACAUCGCAUCCAGAUCCCUGGGAAGUGCUGUGAAGAGUGGGUGUGUGACCAGAGUCCUCAGGACAACCCCUACCAGUCAGCCAUGGCUGUCUACAGAGAGGAGUCAGCCCACGUGCCGGUCCCGGCGGAGAACCCCAGGGAGAACUGCAUCGUCCAGACCACCAAAUGGGACGAGUGCUCGGCCACCUGCGGCAUGGGCGUGUCGUCCCGCGCCACCAAUGACAACGAACGGUGCCAGCUGGAGAGGCAGACCCGUGUCUGUAUGAUCCGGUCCUGCCAUGUGGAGCAAGAGAAGGACAUCAAGAGGGGGAAGAAGUGUGUACGGACCCCCAAGUCCCCGCGCGGCAUUCGUUUCCAGCUGUCAGGCUGCAGCAGCAGCAGGAUCUACAAGCCCAAGUUCUGUGGUGUGUGUACGGACGGGCGCUGUUGCACCCCCCACACCACCGUCACCGCCGAGGUGGAGUUCCACUGUCCCGAGGGAGACACCUUCAGACGCAAGAUGAUGUUCAUCAAGGCGUGCUCCUGUCACCACGACUGUCCACGAGACAAUGACAUCUUCCUGGCUUUGCACACACGCAGAAUGAUUGGGGACUAUGACAACGAUAUGUAA